AUGGGCAGCCCAUUGAGCCCUGUAAUAGCUAAUUUUUAUAUGGAGGCAUUUGAGGGAACAGCACUUAGAACUGCAACAAAAAGACCCAGUUGCUGGCUGCGCUAUGUGGACGGUACCUUCGUAAUUUGGAAACACGGAAUAGACGAACUUAAUAUUUUCCUCCAACAUCUAAAUAACAUACACCCCAAGAUCCAAUUUACAAUGGAAGUAGAGAAGGACACACAGCUAGCCUUCUUGGAUGUACUAGUCAGCAGACGACAAGACCUAAGCUUGGGACACAAGGUGUAUCGGAAAAACACCCAUACCGAUCGCUACCUGCACAAUAAUUCAAAUCUCCAUCCCGGUCAAAAAAGAGGGGUCAUAAAAACACUUGUUGACAGAGCCCGCCGAAUCUGUGAACCUCUACACAUCACUGAGGAAUUACAAUACCUAGACAGAGCCUUACAAGUCAAUGGAUACCGAGAGCAGACGAUCAGACGAGCCAUAAGACCUAGGAGACCUGUUGAAAGGCAAGAGUGA